AUUAUUGUUAUUAUCACAAUUUAUUCCUCGUCCGUACGUCAACUCUUUCAUCCAUUCAACGUGGUUAUCUAGUCUCUACAUCCUCCAAUAAUGUGAAUCUAUGACUAUGACCAAUUUUUCCACAUUUAUACCAUCACUUUCACACCUCAUAAAUCAUAAUAAAUCAAAUUUAAUUAUAUUUAAAGUACCCCUCAACUUCCUUCCUACCCUCUUUUUUAUUCAUAUAUCUCCAAAUUCUCACCUCUUAAACCCUCUUUUUUUCUUUUUUUAAGUCCCUUAAACACCAAACUAAACUAAAACAAUGACUAAGUACUCAAAUAAUAACCCUCCAACUAAUUGUUUUACAGGCAUUCUUCAAAUGUUCAUUUGUGCAGGCAAUCUCCCUACUCACCCUUCUCCACACGAUCAAAUACUCGAAAAACCCGAAAAAUCGCCCUCAGUUUCUCGUAACGUUGAUUAUGGGUCGGUCCAUGAGGUACAAGCUCAAAAUAGUGGUCCGGGGAUUAUAGCGAGACUAAUGGGGUUAGACUCAUUGCCAAAUUAUAAUAAGGAUGAGGAGAAUAAUAAAAUUACAACUCUUGACUCGCUUUUUCGAAGCAAGUCUUUGAAUUCAUUGCAUUUCUUGCCUGAUUUUGACCCUACUAGAGUUGCAAUUCAUCGUCGUGCUAGAACUACUUCGGCUUCUUUUCCUGAACAAGGCCGGGUUAACUAUAACUUUGUCGUCAUAAGAGAUGACGAUAGCGUGGAUAAAGAUAUGAAGGGGGAUAGGGAGGCGGGUUCGAAAUCGAAUAAUGAUAUUUGUAUGUGCAAGAAAAAUAGACAUGAUAAUGAUGGUAGAAGAGUAAAAGAAAGAAAGAGUAAGAAAAAGUAUGAAGAACGUUAUUAUAAUACUACUAGUAGGGAGUUUAGGAAUAAUGUAGGUGACAAUAGUGAUUUAUUAAGGGAGAAAUUAGUGAAGAAAAAGGGGAAAUUAAAUGGGAAAGUUGUUACAAGUAAGAAGAAGGUUUAUCAUAAGGAAAUUAUGUGUUUUGAAGAUGAUCAAUUACCAUCUCGGAGCCCUGUUUCUGUUCUUGAUAAUUAUUACAAGGAGUUUGAAUUUGUUACUCUUUCCAAAGGGGAAGGAAGACAAACAAAAUCAAAUUCAAGGAGAAAAAUAUCACCAAAAAUCAAAAUUAAUGAUAAUUUGCAACAAGAAAUAAUGCCAAAAUCAAGAGAAAAUCAUCAGGACUACUGUAACAAGAUUGCUACAAAACAGGAACUGGUGAAAGAAGAAGUAGAUGCAGCAGAUUAUUUAGUGGAAAUGUUGGGAAAAAUAUGUAAAUUGGCCGAAGAAGAACAUAAAAAAGACUCAAACUGGGUGACAAAAUAUGAAUUAUGGAAGAUGCAAUUUGUGGAAGAAGUAUGUAUUCAUUUGGGUCAAGAAUUGUUGGACUUGCUAUUAGAUCAGCUAGUGGAUGAAAUAGUUAUGUUGUCUUUGUAAUAUAGAGGCCCAUUUGGGUUUUCAAUAUUAUUCUUUUGUAAAACUUCCUUUUAGGCUUUUACUACUAAAGAAAGACCGGUUGGUUCGAAAACUCCUAUUGUACUGUAACAAAUGUACAAUUGUACUUCACAUUGUUGGAAUUAAAUGCUAAGGAAAGUUUUUUUUUUGUUGUUUUGGAGGAAAAUUCUUUGUCCCACAUUGGUGGGAUAAAGAAGGAUUUACUGGUUUAUAUAUUGAAGGAAAGAUGUUUUGUCUCA